AUGCCUAUGGACGGUAGAUCCAAAGAUGGCCACAGCGUGAACGAGGGUCUGAACAGCCGCCCAAUGGAGCGAGAGCGAGCUAUAACUGCAGGCGCUCAUCCAAGAUUCCUCCAAAGCAUUGAUGAUGCGCACUCCUCGUCAACACCAGCUUCAGUAAACGACGAGGAAUCCUCCAAGCAAAUGCUUGCAGAGAUGUACGAGACUUCGACUGCGUCAAGUCCUGAGCAGGAAAGACAUGUACUACAGUCGAUCGUUACUAAACUCAAGCACGAGCUAUCAUCAACCCGUCAAGACAUUUCAGAUGAUCAGCAUGACCUCCAUGAGGUUCGUCGUCAGCUUUGCAAAGUGAGAGGAUCAUCCUCUACUUUGUGCAACGAGAGACCCAAUAUCUCUGCUGUCUACCUCACGGUACUGAACUCAACCCAAACGAAUUCUAUGGGUAGCAGCAACGAGAGUGCUCGAGAUCUUUUGCAAGAAUGCAUUGCUCACAUAGUUGCACUGAUCGUGGCAAGCUUAGAUGCCCACGCAGAUUUGGUACAACGAACAGCGCAAAAGCCCGGUGACCUCUUCCAAACCGUUAUUCAAGCGCGGGAUCGAGAUAGAGUGGCUGAAGAGAAGGAGAGUCUACUGUUUCGAUUGCUUAUCUCCAACGUGGCAGCCGAUGCCCAGGAGGUGGACCUCCUCGUCUUUUUUUGCUCACACAGCUCACAUUGGAAUGAAAUGCAAGUACCACAGGCCAAGUUUGAUAUAUCGCAGCUAACAGUCUCUUUCAGUCGCGAGAUCAAGUUCUGGAAAUACAGACAUCCAACUGAGGGAACGAAGAUGGCCCAGGUAGACAUGUGGACAAGGAGGGUCGCUGUCAUGGCUUCCUGGAUGAGCGGGAGCAUACUUGGACUCAAUCUGGACACUAAAUUGGCUACGGACCUGGCGAAGUAG